UGCGUGCGUGUGUGUGUGUGUGUGUGUGUGUGUGUCUGUGUGUCUGUGUCUGUGUCUGUGUCUGUGUGUGUUUAGGAAUAAACUUAGAACGGAGGGGGCAGCCGGGCUGGGCUACCGGAUUGAAAAAUUGGGACAUCACUGGGGCUAUUGCUGAAGACAGUCUCCACACAGCAGUUCUUUUGGUUGCUUUUCUAGAGUGGGAAUGUGUGCUGUCUCUCCUUUAUCCUGAGCCUUAAACAUGUAUAUAUAUUUACGAGGUGACUGAGUUUGGGGCUGCAAAAUGUAAGUGAGGUUGAUACAGAAAUCAGCUUCCUGGGCCAUGCGGGUUCUAAGGCCUGUUUCAUCUCAUGAGCCUGAGCAGAAGACGGACUGGCCAGUGCUCACAGUGGAUGACUUCCCCUCCCUGAACAAGAGAUGGGAUAGUACCUGGGAUCUGCUUGUCACCAGACUCUGGGCUUAAUAAACCAGCUGAAUGAAAGGAUGUAGCAGACCUUUGGGAGGGACGCUGAAGCCUGCAGUGGGGGGGGAGGGGCCUGGACAUACCCCUUCCCCCCCAGACUCCUCCCCCUCAGAGUCCACUCAGCCAUGGACUUUGGACCUGGCUAUGAGGAGAGAAGCUGCACUUUGUUUGGUGUACCUGACUUGGGAUUCCCAGUUUUGGAAAUGGAGUACUGGAUGGGAGUUUGAUGAUCUCCAGAGGAGCAGCUGAGAGAAGAGAAGAAAGGUGCAUGGCCGCUUCCUAAUCCCGGAGCCCAGAGGAAGCAUCCCUAGAACUGCAGGGGUGUGAGCCAGGCAAGCCGAGGGCAGCCUUGAGCCCCACCCUUGCCUGCCUCCCCCGUGGGGGCCAGGAUGCUGAAGAAGCAGUCUGCAGGGCUUGUGCUGUGGGGCGCCAUCCUCUUUGUGGCCUGGAACGCCCUGCUGCUCCUCUUCUUUUGGACGCGCCCAGCGCCCGGCAGGCUGCCCUCAGACAGUGCCCUUGAUGAUGACCCCGCCAGCCUCACCCGUGAGGUGAUCCGCUUGGCCCAGGAUGCUGAGGUGGAGUUGGAGCGGCAGCGGGGGCUGUUGCAGCAGAUCAGGGAGCACCAUGCUAGGUGGAGCCAGCGGUGGAGGGUACCCACUGUGGCCCCACCCGUGCCGCCACGUGUGCCUGUGACCUCUGCGCCAACUGUGAUCCCCAUCCUGGUCAUCGCCUGUGACCGCAGCACUGUCAGGCGGUGCCUGGACAAGCUGCUGCAUUACCGGCCUUCAGCUGAGCACUUCCCCAUCAUCGUCAGCCAGGACUGUGGGCAUGAGGAGACAGCCCAGGUCAUUGCCUCCUACGGCAGCGCUGUCACACACAUCCGGCAGCCAGACCUGAGCAACAUCGUAGUGCCACCCGACCACCGAAAGUUCCAGGGUUACUAUAAGAUUGCUCGUCACUACCGCUGGGCACUGGGCCAGGUCUUUGAAAAGUUCAAGUUCUCAGCGGCUGUGGUGGUGGAGGAUGAUCUGGAGGUGGCUCCGGACUUUUUUGAGUACUUCCAGGCCACAUACCCGCUACUGAGGGCUGACCCGUCACUCUGGUGUGUGUCUGCCUGGAAUGACAAUGGCAAAGAGCAGAUGGUGGACUCGAGCAAGCCCGAGCUGCUCUACCGCACAGACUUUUUCCCUGGCCUUGGCUGGCUGCUGUUGGCUGAGCUCUGGGCCGAGCUGGAGCCCAAGUGGCCCAAGGCCUUCUGGGACGACUGGAUGCGCCGGCCUGAGCAGCGGCAGGGCCGGGCCUGUGUUCGGCCUGAAAUCUCCAGAACGAUGACCUUUGGCCGCAAGGGUGUGAGCCAUGGGCAGUUCUUUGACCAGCACCUCAAGUUCAUCAAGCUGAACCAGCACUUUGUGCCCUUCACACAGCUGGACUUGUCAUACCUGCGGCAGGAGGCCUAUGACAGGGAUUUCCUCGCACGCGUCUAUGGUGCUCCCCUGCUGCAGGUGGAGAAAGUGAGGACCAGUGAGCGGAGUGAGCUGGGGGAGGUGCGGGUGCAGUACACAAGCAGGGACAGCUUCAAGGCCUUCGCCAAGGCCCUGGGAGUCAUGGAUGACCUCAAGUCUGGUGUCCCCAGGGCCGGCUACCGGGGCAUCGUCAGCUUCCUAUUCCGGGGCCGCCGUGUCUACUUGGCUCCCCCUGAGACCUGGGAUGGCUAUGAUCCUAGCUGGAAUUAGCAGCACCUGCGUGUCCCUCCUGGGCCCCCUCCUUGAUGUAUCAGGGGCUAAGAUGGGACUGCAGUCCCUGGGCUGCAUCAUCCUCUGUGUUUCACCCUUGGGUCCAUGUAUCCUUUUUUUUUUUUUUUUUCCUGUUUUCAAGUGGCAUUCGAGGGCACAGAUGAUAGUUAAGGGUUAUUCUGUUCUCCAGGGGGUCAAAGGAAUCUUUCUGGGGUAAGUUGGGGGGCAGUUAUUAAGCAGGAAACCACUGUGUGGUAGAGAAAGACUUGGCUUCUCGGGCCACAAAAUUCCAUGUUAUAGGUUUCCUCCUAUGACAGUUGCAGAGAGGUUGGCAACUUUUCUCUUGACCAGGCCUCUUUUCUCUGUCCUGGCUUUUCCAGCUAGAGUAUAAGCCCUCCUCCUGUAUGUUGAUACCUUCCCAUACACAUACAUACCUUCCCACAGUUGGAGCCUGGGGAUGGGCUAGAUCAUGUGAAGAGGCCAAAAUGAGAUAACCAAAGGGGUUUCAUCAUCAGUGUCCAGGUGGAGCUGUUAGGUUGUCAGGGUUUACUGCCUCCUGUCUGUGCUUCACUUCUUCCUCUCUCCUUUAUUCCUGACCUCCUAUCAGCUCUUCUUUCCCUGCAGCCUAGCAAUUCAUGAUUCUAAGAUGAAAAGCUGAAGGGGAAAAGCAAGAUCUCACCUCAACUCAUCUACCAUUGUGAGGGAAAGCUUUGGGUGCUGGGACACCACUCUCAUUCUUGUCAAAGAAACAGACUGUCCCCCAUUCCUUCCUUUCUAAAAACCAAUCCUUCCCCUGUUGCUCUAGGAUGACGUUUCAUGCUGGCUUAGCCCAUGGCUUCUGGAGGCCCUCUCAGUUUGAGGUAGAGCAGCCAAGACCCAUCAGCCCAGCCUCCUUCCCUUCUCCCCCAAGCAUUCCCCUUUGCACAGAUUAGGUUGCAGAUGGAGGGUUCAAGAGCAACACACGUGUUUUUGUUUCUUGGCUGACCUCCGUUCAUGGAAGAAAGUUGAAGCUACAGAAUUAUUUUCAAAAAUAAAGUAAAGGCUGAAAUUGUCUGAAAAA